CGCUCAGCAAAACGAAAGCCUAUCUCUUCAGGAAGUGUGUCGGGCGGGGCGAGCCGAAGGUUCAUCGAGAACACCCACAUACACCGGAAGCGUCGGCCCAUCCUGGCAACCGGAUAUCUCCUUCUCCAGGCAGGCGACUCUCUCCCCCCCUUUUCCCGCCCCAGCGCCAGGGGAGUUUCCUUCCCCUGCUGCUCUUAAAGCCGCAGGUGUGGCAAGAGGGCUUGGGCGGCUGCGCCCCUGACCCAGGUGACAUUCACACGUGCCUGGCCAUCACGCACCCUGGGUUUCCCGGCAGGGACUCCACCUCCCUGGUUUGCUCCAGGGAGACCCGCCCGGCGGAGCCGAUCAGCCCGCACUCUGCUGGCCCCGAGGUCAGCGCGGCGGCUUCUUGAGCCCGGUCCGUGGGAAAACCAUCCCGCUUUUUCUCAAACGACUUUCCCCCACCGUCCUGAAAGCAAAAACCCAACGCAGCCCUUCCUCUCGCGCUGUCUCCAGCACAUCGAGGGUUAAGGGAGGGACCCAGGCUGGGGGUGAGGAACCGAGAGCCAGGAAGGAAGGAGGGCCGGCAAAAACUGGAAAGUUUCCCGCUUCGGCUCCAUCAAGAUCCCACCUCCCCCGGGACGCUCUUUGCCAGAACCGCUCCUCUUGCAAUUUACCGGAGUGUGGGGCAAAAGCCUUCCCCCCCACCUUAGGGCUUGUAACACUUCCUCGCAAACCACUCAGAGAGAGGCAAAGAGGCACCCAGUCCGGAGCAUCCCCCCUCCACCAUGAAGAAGGCGAUGGGGAGCCCCAGCAAACCGAAAGAAGCCACCUUCAGCGCUGAGGAUGGUUACGUGAAGAUGUUCCUGCGGGGAAGGCCCAUCCCCAUGUUCGUUCCUGACGCUGUUGUGGCCACCUACAGCCUGGAUGCCAAGGCAGAACUGCCCCAUAAGAAGCUGAAGCUGGACUGGGUCUACGGGUAUCGGGGCCGCGACUGUCGGUCCAACCUUUUCCUCCUGCCCACGGGGGAGAUUGUGUACUUUGUGGCAGCCGUGGCUGUCCUGUACAAUGUGGAGGAACAGCGGCAGCGCCACUACCUGGGCCACACCGAUGACAUCAAGUGCCUGGCAGUGCAUCCUGACAUGGUAACCAUUGCAACCGGGCAGGUGGCUGGGACUUCAAAAGAUGGCAAGCCUUUGCCUCCCCACGUGAGAGUCUGGGAUUCUGUGAGCCUGAACACCCUUCACGUCCUGGGCCCAGGGCCCUUCGACCGAGCUGUGAGCUGCGUCGGAUUCUCCAAAUCGAACGGGGGUGGGCUUCUGUGUGCCGUCGACGACUCCAACGACCACGUUCUCUCGGUCUGGGACUGGCAGAAGGAGGAGAAGCUGGCUGACGUGAAGUGCUCUAACGAGUCUGUCCUGGCCGCCACCUUCCACCCCACCGAGCCCUCGCUCCUGAUUACCUGUGGAAAGUCCCACAUCCACUUCUGGACGCUGGAAGGAGGCAGCCUUAGCAAGAGGCAGGGCAUUUUUGAGAAACACGAGAAACCGAAAUACAUCCUUUGCAUAGCCUUCACAGAGAACGGAGACACCGUGACUGGCGAUUCCGGGGGGAACCUCUACAUCUGGGGGAAAGGAGGGAACCGGAUCUCCCACGCGGUGCCCGGUGCCCAUGAAGGCGGCAUCUUUGGUUUAUGUGUUUUGCGGAACGGCACCAUCGUCACGGGAGGCGGCAGAGACCGGAGGGUCGUGCUCUGGGGUCGGGACUACCAGAAGCUGCAGGAGAACGAGGUGCCGGAGGGCUUUGGACCCGUGCGAACAGUCGCCGAGGGCAAGGGAGACACCCUCUUUGUGGGCACCACCCGGAAUUCGGUGCUUCACGGCUCCUUGGCCACCGGCUUCUCCCUCUUGGUGCAGGGACACACGGAGGAGCUGUGGGGCCUGGCGACCCACCCAACCCUCGACCAGUUCUUGACCUGUGGACAAGACAAGCAGGUUCACCUGUGGAGCGUGGCCACCCACCAGCCCAUUUGGAGCAAGGCGAUCGAGGAUGCGGCUCGCUCAGCCGGCUUCCACCCCAACGGCUCGGUGCUCGUGGUGGGCACCGUCACUGGCAGGUGGCUGGUGCUUGACACGGAGACCCGGGACCUGGUGACGAUCCACACUGACGGAGGGGAGCCCAUCUCUGUGGUCAGCUUCUCCCCAGAUGGGAAGUACCUGGCGUUGGGCUCCCAUGACAACUUCGUCUACAUCUACCUGGUUUCCGAGGGCGGCAGAAAAUAUGGUCGGGUCGGCAAGUGCUCGGGUCACUCCAGUUUCAUCACCCAUCUGGACUGGGCCUUUGACAGCAGCUGCUUGGUGACCAAUUCCGGCGACUAUGAGAUCCUAUACUGGGAUCCCGCCACCUGCCGGCAAAUCACCAGCGCCGAGGCUGUGCGCAACAUGGAGUGGGCGGCCGUCACCUGCGUGCUGGGCUUUGGGGUGUUCGGGAUUUGGCCGGAAGGAGCCGACGGGACCGACAUCAACGCCGUCUGCCGCUCCCACGAUGGGAAGCUCCUGGCCUCUGCUGACGACUUUGGCAAAGUGCACUUGUUCUCCUACCCCUGUUGCCAGCCACGGGCCCCCAGCCACACCUACAACGGGCACAGCAGCCACGUCACCAACAUUGCCUUCCUGCACGACGACAGCUUGCUUCUCUCCACCGGCGGGACCGACACCAGCAUCCUCCAGUGGCGCCUUGUCUAAGGGAGGGGCCGGGAGGAGGGACUGCCCCCUCCUGGGGGGGAAGGGAGGGAGGGAGGGGGCAAGUGUGCAAAACGGGGUGCUGGGUGGGGAGGGCUUGGAUCCUGUUAAACACUUUUUGCGGGAGGAGGGGCGCUCCCUCGUCCCUGCAAACAUGAGGACGGGGCGGAAGGCACCGCUUGCGGAGAGGCAGGAUGAAGGACAGGGAUGAUGAUGAAAGAGGAUAACACAAGAGCUAUAUUUUCCAGAAAUCUCUAUAUGAAUAUUGAUAAUAUAUAUCCAGAUCUAUCUCUAUAUAUCUAUAUUUAAAGGCUGAUGGUUGCACACGCUGAGAGUGCAAUGCUGUUGGGGAGGGGCAGAGGCAGAGGGGGGGGCAGGGGGUCCCCCCUCCCCCAGUGCUUUGGGACAAACCCGGUGCUCAGAGAUCCCAGCAGGAGAAGCUGCACCCUCUGGGUCGUCCUCUUGGCUCCCGAGGCCUUGGAGCCCGUUUGCACUACGGAUGCCCGCUGGCUGGAGACCCGUUUGGGGGAAAGGAAGGCGGAGGGACCUCCCAGCCCGGGCUCUGCCUCUCUGCCUUCUCCUUUGGGGAGCGGGGAGCCCGAAGGACAGGGAUUUUUUUUUCUUAGCUCAUUCAGGCCAGGCUUGCAAAAGAGAAGGACUAAGUAAGGUCUCUAGACCCAGCGCUUCUUGGGCAGGAUGAUGGCAUCCGUCGGCUCUGCUCACAGGGUGGUGGCAGAGGGAGCGAGACCAGCUGCGAUCGGUACUGCCUGAAAAGAGGUGCUGAGAGAAGGCCAGCAGGGGGCGCUGCAUCUUGUGCGGCUCCUCCCGGAGCUUCUUGGCCCGUCCACUCCUGUAUCAGAAGGAAGGACCGGAGCAGGGCUGCUAAGAGAGCCUGGCCGGUCCUGAAUCCUGAGCAUCGGCCACAGUGGCAGGCUGGAUGCUGCCGGGAGCCCCACAUGGUGCAGAAGGAGGCUGAGACACUCUCGAAGCCACCACCGCCACUCCCCCAUCCCCGAGUUCCUUCCGCCUCCCAGACCUUGCAGCCCCCAGGAUAAUGCCUUUUCUCUGUACUGUUCUGGAUCUCCUGCGGAUCCAUUUUAAUUGGGUGGUGGCAGGUGCCGGUCCUGCCCGAGGGCAAGAUUAGGGAGGGGGUGCAGGUGAGGCUGGGGCAAAAGGAAUGGGUGGGAGGGUGGCUGUGAAAACCACCUGGCAGGGGGUCAGAAAGAGAGCAGAGCCCAGCGCCAUGAGGUGCCUCUUCCUUUUUCAGGCCCCAUGGCGGAGGCGAGAGUGGCCAGGGUGGCUUCCUCGUGUGUAGCAACCCAGCUGAGUCCUUCCCAUUGUCUGCAGGGAGAGGAAAAACCAAGUGUUCUACUUGGGUGUGUGUUGUGUUGGGGGGGGGGAAGCGCAUUCUGCCUCUUUUCAGACCCCAUCUGUGUAUGUCUUUGGUCUUUUGGUCGCCACGUAGCCACGUUUUCAGCCCGGAUGGGCGGUAUUUUGCACUGGACACACCGACGGCUUGGGGAGGGGGGGGUGUUUUUGGGAGCUGGUGUUUUCAGAGGUUGACAACUCCAGCUGCCAGGGUGGAAUUGGGGGGGAGGGGAGGUGGAGCGGGAGGGGGCCGAAGCAUGCCUGUCUUCUGUAUUUUCCAAAGAAAACACGGUGGAUCAAAGAAAGUUGUUGAAUAAGAACACAACCCAAUAAAAGAGGUGUUGCAACACAGACACAGGCACAUGUA